AUGGCACCGUCACAACCACCAUCUGCUUCAGGCAACUUCCAAGUGUACACUCGACCACCUUCUGCAGGGUCGGUACCAAAGCUGCGAGACAGCUGCAAUGCAUGCGCAUCAUCUAAGAUCAAGUGUCACAAGCAAAAACCCACAUGCUCCGGCUGCACAAGGCGGGGCCUCAAGUGCGAGUAUCUUACUAGCAAUCGUGGCGGCCGUGCCGUCCGGAACAAUCAGAAUGCGGGCCACACGAGACAAAGAUCUCAACCUCCCAACACCAAUCCCGCCGAGGGCGAGGAUGCCACAAUUACAGUUGCUCGUGCCUCAACUCCAGCCGGCUCAGCGGGUCAGGCAUCGACGACCUUUUUCAACGAUCUCGCGCUCGAUCCUGUGUUGACAACAGUAUCCACACCGGCCACGACAACCUCAGAACCGGGCUCAGCCACGGUGCCACCGUCAGGGCUCUCAACGUCGUCCUCUUUGUCAAGCCUCCAUGUAGGCUAUCCUUUCACACCUGGUGGCUCGGGGUCUUGCAGUACCUUCACCGGCCUGCCGACGCCCACAAAUCACCACGAAUUUGACCUCUCGUCCCUGCUUAACGACUGUAUGACUGACGACCCAAUUGAUUUCCUAUCGGAUCCAUUUCUUAUGCCCCUAUCCUUUGACAACGCAAACUUUCUGGGAGGCACUACGCCGCUUCCUACUCCUAUUCAAUGUGUCGACCCUAUGCAAAUUGAGGACAAGGCACCGUUACCACAGCCCGAGAAUGACCUCUCACGGCAUCAAGACCACGACAAGUCAGACUGCUACUGCCUCUCGACGGCACUCGCGCUGAUGAAAAGGCUCUCGCUGAAGCCGUCGGCCGCCACCUGCGCGACAUUUGGUCAAGCUGGAGACCCGAAACCCUCAUCUGCUCUCUCUUCUGCAUCGUGCCCCACGAUCGAGGAAGUCAUAACCAAGAAUCAGGGGGCCAUCGAGUCAAUCGGCCGCAUGCUGAACUGCUCGUGCGCCCGGGACGGCUACUUGCUUGCGCUGAUAUCGCUGGUGCUCCUGAAGAUACUUGCGUGGUAUGACGCCUCCGCGAGAGCCAGUCCAGACGGCCGACCCCCAGCGGGGUCUGAAGUCUUCAGCAGCGGCAGCAGUCUUGGUGCCAGUGGCACCAACAGCACCAGCAGCAGCAGCAGCAUUUUCGCGGCGAGUCCAGCGCCUAGCGCGGCCAGCAGCGAUCACAAUGGCGGCGUCACCGCCAGCAGGAGCAGCAACAUGGAGCAGGUGCGCUGGGCGCCGAGCGUCGUCAGCAGCUACUGCUUGGAUGGCGAGGACUCCGGCCGCAUGGCAGCUCAGCUGGUGCUCAGCGAGCUAAGCCGAGUACAGCGGCUUGUCAGCGGGCUAGAGGAAACUUUACGAGCACUAUUACAAGCAGCUCACAACAAUCACAGUAGCAGUCACGGCGGGGCCGCCAGCGAGGGUGGUGGUCUCGUGGGGGCGGUAGGCGGACUGGACAGAGACGAAUCAGCGACGCCGUUUCCUUUGCUUAUGCUAGAAGGCAUGGUGGCAAAUAUAAAGAAGAAGCUCAAGGCCAUAUCUAUUGGCAUAGUUAAAAAACUGAAUUCAGACUAA